AUGCCUCUCGAUCAACCCAACCAUCCUGCCACACCUCCCAAUACCGAACCGCGGCACCCAGACGGCCCCAACCACCUUCGACUGGAGGACCGUCACGGAGUGUACGAAACGCUGCUAAGCGUUGCUCAGGGCGAUGUCCUCCCUCGUGGAGCGAUAACAAAGGCGGCAGAACGGUUUCGUUGCCAUCGGCGAACUAUUUCGCGUCUCUGGACCCGCGCGCGGCAGUCUCUCCGCAGUGGCCGUCGUGAUGCUGAUGUUGCGACCAAAGACUGUCAGAUCUCUCUCAGCAGCGUGUGGGUUACCGGCUACGACCAUUUCGCACCACAAGAAGGCGACACCAAGAUUGCGUGCGAGAUCUAG